UUCUUAACUAUCCCUCACCCAGACAGUGACGCCUUCCUGGAUCACUCCCGCCAAAUCCCUCCUGGUCAUGCAGUGAAGGAACGGAGCACAAACAAAAUUCAAGAGACAUUAAGGACGGUGACGCCCGCUCCAAUUGCCGGCGUGCGUGAAGGAUAUCAACACCAGCUGCCCCAGGGCCCGCCUUCCCAACAACGCAGCCGCACACCGUCCACAUGCUCGAGCUACAGCUCCCUCAUCCAAUGCCUCACGCCAUUCCGCGGGAGCCCUCGCUCGACUACUACACCCCCAUCCCCCCUUACUCCAAGCUCGAUCCUCCCCAGCGGCAAAUGCAGCUUCCCGUUCCCCGAAUCACCUCCGGCCCUGAGCUGAAUGCUCUCAGAAACCCACCACGGCCGCUCCUCACCCCUCCGACUGAUGUUUCAGGCUCUGCGGUGAGAGUGAUUUCCUUGCCGCCAAACAAUGGGACUGGCCACGAGUAUGGAUAUCGGUUGCCCGCAAUCGGCAACUCCAGGACGGCGACCUCCCAGCCAAGCCCAACGCCUCAGAAACAGCCGCCACCAUCCUCAUCACAAGACAUGUCUCAGCAGCAGCGGAAAAAGUGGUCAAUCUCUCCGAAUCUGAGGAUUCCAUCGAGCAUCAAGACCCCCCAGGAUGGGCUUCCCCAACUGGCAGCGGAGGUCACUUGCCUAUUCUGGUUCGAAAACUCGUCGACUCUCAAGCAGGUCUUGGACGCAAAUUCUCCACGCAUCCCGGUCCAGCCCCUUGUGCCCGAUGCAAUUCCAACAACAGGCUUUAGGAAGUGGGUGGCCACUAUCCUGACGACAACGCAAGUGGCCCAGAAUGUCAUUCUACUGGCCCUUCUCUUCAUCUACAGGUUAAAGCAAAUCAACCCGAGUGUCAAGGGAAAGCCGGGUAGCGAAUAUAGGCUCCUGACCGUAGCCUUGAUGCUCGGAAACAAGUUUUUGGACGACAAUACGUACACGAACAAGACUUGGGCAGAGGUUUCUGGUAUUUCGGUGCAAGAAGUCCACAUCAUGGAAGUAGAGUUCCUGAGCAAUAUGAGGUAUAGCUUGUACACAUCACAAAAGAAGUGGGAGGAUUGGCACGUCAUUCUGGGAAAGUUCGGAUCCUUCUUUGACCGCGCCUCCAAGAUACCCGCCUCUGGUGCUAUCAGCCCAGUUGGACCCUCGACCCCCUCUCUGCAGGUCCCCCCGAACUACAUGCCUUCCCCACCUACUUUGCAGCAAACUUCACCACCCACGACGAUGACAUAUUCGCCAUGCCGAACGCAAUUCUCGAACACUCCCCUUCUUCAGCCUCAGACUACGUCGACUGCCGUUUCCCCAAUCGGCCCUCUCCCAGAGCUUGGUCCUCUCACACAGCGCAAACGCAGCAUCGACAGUAGCGCAGAACCAGCGCCCAAGCGACAGGCUCACGGGUUUGCUCCAGGACCAUAUAGCAGUGCGCCGUUGAUUCCUACUUUGCAGAUGCCAGUCAGCAGGUCAUUUGAGCCACAUCAACCUAUGAACCGCCUACCACCUCUCCCCAGCCUUGCUAUUCCAACCCCACAGACCAAUCCUCCGGUACAGGUUAACAAUUGGUCUGAACUCCCUCUUCCCGCUCCAGGAAGUCGAUCAAUGGCCAUGGUCUACCCUCCCCCGGUUCAAUGGAAGCAGCCAUACACCACACCAACUUCCACGGCACCACCCCCCUUCCCACCGGCCCAUACCCCAACUAGCCAGACUCUUACUACUGGUGAUCGAUCCCGCCAGGUCAGCCCAUAUCCACCAUCCGCAAGCUCCUCGCCUGUGAGCGCCUCCUACUCCAGCCAGAGGCAGCUGUCACCAUCCUACUUCCUAAACCAACGUCAAUCCCCCUAUCGCCCCGUGCGUGGGGUCCACACUCUCCUUGUUCCCCCUCCUUCAGCUUCAAUGCAUAAUCCUCCUCGUCAAAUUGCCUAUGAUCAGAUGCAAUACCAGCCUUUGGGAAGGCCUAUGACUGAGCGAAGAGUUGGUCCUUUGCCGUACAUGGACCACGGAGCAUGGCCGGAGAUGAAUCAAUUCAAUCAACUGCCUAUCCCACAGCAGCCCAUCUUCCAUCGUUAGGCUGCUGCCAUGACCAACUCACAUUUUCCAUUCCCCUGUAUAGUUUCCACCCUUGCUGAAUGGGACUUAAGCGAUAUCUAACACUAUCGCUCCUCAAUGUCCCCACCCUCUAGUUUUUUUUUUUUGGUUGCGUCAAAGCGAGCAUUGCAUUGGGUUCGGUUUCCUGUAUGGUUCCAAGCUGGACAAUUUUUGAGCCAGCAUAACAUCACACACAUCAGCAUCAGCAUCACUCGGAGUUUUGUAAUUUUACUUGACCCUAUCCUUGCGCGGCUGUGCCAAUGGAUUAUGGUGCUUUUUUUUU